AUGGCAGACAUGACAUCGAAUACGCAUGUCGGCUCCGCCAACCUCAAAGGCAACGCAAAAGCCCAUAUUGGAAACGUGGUGAACAUCUACCAGACGGAAGACCGCUGCCUUUCCGACCUGCGAAUCACCGAUCCCCGCGACGAUAAAACUCGCAUCGCGGCUACAAAAGGAGGUCUACUUGAAGAUUCAUACGGUUGGAUCCUCGAGCACAGCGACUUUCGACAAUGGCGCGACGACGAACAGAGUCGACUGCUCUGGAUAAAGGGCGAUCCCGGCAAGGGCAAGACGAUGUUGCUCUGCGGUAUCGUUGAUGAGUUAACGCCCCGAACGAGACUCGAAGAUAGAGAAGCCAACACAAUAUUAUCCUACUUCUUCUGCCAGGCCGCCGACGAGCGCAUCAACAGCGCCACAGCCGUGCUGAGAGGUCUCAUCUACUUGAUUGUGGAACAACAGCCGCCGCUUGUAUCACACAUACAGAAAAAAUAUAAACAUGGAGGAGAAGAUAUUUUCAAAGAUGUGAAUGCAUGGUCUGCAUUAUCAACAAUUCUCUUAAAUAUCUUAGAAGAUACAAGCUUAAAGCAGACUUAUGUGAUCAUUGACGCACUUGAUGAAUGCGUAACCGAUUUACCAAAGCUGCUUGACUUUAUCAACACGAAAUCCGCCCUCCUUUCCCGCGUCAAAUGGAUAGUGUCUAGUCGUAACUGGCCUGACAUUGAGGAGCGUCUCGAUUCUUCUGCUCAGCAAAUGAGGCUCUGUCUAGAGCUUAAUGAAAAAUCUAUCUCAGCGGCCGUCAAUACAUAUAUCAAACACCAAGUCAAACAGUUGGCGCAGAAAAAGAAAUUCAGCAACGAAACAAAGGAUACUGUUCAGCGCUAUUUGUCUUCCAACUCCAAUGAUACUUUCCUUUGGGUGGCAUUAGUCUGCCAGAAUCUAGAGAAAAUGUCACUGCAAAAUAUCCUCGCAAAGCUAAAGGAGUUCCCACCUGGACUCGAUGCUUUAUACGAGAGGAUGGUGAAGCAAAUACAUGACCUGGAGGAUGUCAGUGAUACUAAAUUUUGUUGUCAGAUCCUUGCGACCGUGUUGCUCGUAUAUCGGCCUGUUACAAUGGCUGAGCUUGGCUCUCUUGUUGAUUCCCCGGAAAAUAAUUUUACAGAUGUUGAGUCAAUCCAUAGGGCAAUAGGACUCUGUGGCUCAUUUCUCACAGUGAGAGACAGCCAAGUCUAUGUUAUCCACCAGUCAGCCAAGGAUUACUUGAGUGACAAGGCACUAUCUACUACCUUCUUUCCGGGUCCCGCCGAUGUUCACAACCACAUCUUCUUGCGGUCUAUUCAAACUAUGUCCGUCACAUUACGGCGGAAUAUGUAUGAUUUAUCUUCUCCUGGGCUCUCGAGAAAUGAAAUUAAAGCACCAGAUCCGGAUCCGCUAAGCGGCAUACGUUAUUCUUGUAUCUAUUGGGUCGACCAUUUCUGUGAUAUACACAGCAGUAAUUGCCAAUCUCAGAAUAAAGUUGACGAUGAGUCGUUUCAAUCGGUCUUCCUAUUCCUUCGAAAGUACUUCCUGUACUGGCUUGAGGCUUUAAGCCUCAUGGGAACUAUUCAAGAUGGCAUUGUUUCCAUGGCGAGGUUGGAGGAUCUGUUGAGAGUAAGUUUGUACCGCCAAAACAACUAA